AAAACGCCCGACCGGGCGUUUGAAGCCUCAUCGCGAUUUACCCAGAUCGCCCGACCGGGCAUAUUCCGACUUACAGAUCGCCCGACCGGGCGAUUUGUCGCUGUUGCCAACUUUGCCUCUUUCUUACUCCGGAUAUAAAAGGGUUCUCACUCAUUUCCAAACCCUAACUCCCACACCACGAAUCUUAGCAAGAAAGUAAGGUUUUGAGAGGAUUUGAAGUCAAGGAGCUUCCCAUUUCCAAGAGAUUGGAGGAAGGAGACCCCCCACCAUCAAUUCCACCAUAGGGAGUUCUAGUUUUUAUGCUCACGCGCUCAAGUCGUUUACCCCUUGAGCCGAUUAAUUUAGAGAUAGAAGCCGCCAAUAGAAGAAGAGGAGGACGAAGGAGAAGAGCAAGAGCUCAACAUCAAGUUGAGCCAAUGGAAAAUCCACAUGGGAACAAUGAGGGAAUUCCCCCUCCACCUCCACCUCCAUUAAAUCAAGACCAAAUCAUUCUCCAACUACAACAAGAAAUGGCGGAGAUGAGAAGGGAAAGAGAGGAGGAAAGGAGGCGAGAGGCUCCGGUUAGAGAUGCAUUUGGGAACGUCAAUAUCCCACAUCCACCCUAUGAUACAAGGGUGAAUGCCAACAAUUUUGAGUUGAAGACAGGAUUGAUUCAAUUUGUGGAGCAACGUGUUUUCUCGGGAAGGCCCACGGAGGAUCCUAAUAGGCACUUAUCUAAAUUCUUAGAGAUUGCCAAUACAACUAAGCUUAAUGGGGUUCCCGACGAUACAAUCAAACUUAGGCUAUUUCCAUUCUCAUUGUCGGGAUAUGCUAGAGAUUGGUUUGAUAACCUUGAGCCGGGCUCGGUUACAAGUUGGGACGACUUAGCCCAAAAGUUUUUGGAUCGAUUCUUCCCUCUAAGCUCCACUCUCAACCUCCAAGCAGAGAUCUCCCACUUUAAAAUGAAGGGCCAAGAGUCUAUGUUCGAGGCUUGGGAGAGAUUCAACGCCUUGCUAAAGAAAUGCCCCAACCAUGGGUUAUCUCCGGGCCAUCAAGUGAGCCUCUUCUACAAUGGAUGCUCGGAGUUUAUCAAGAGUCAAUUAGACUUUGGUUCGGGGGGUUCAUUCUUGGACAAGGGGGUCGAGGAGUGCAAGAAGAUGCUUCAAAGGCUUGCCUAUACUAGCAAGGGUUGGAGCUCGGGCCGAGAUAGUUCAAUGCCGGUGGCUUCGGUUGUGGAUUCGGAUGCAUUCAAUCUUCUCAACCAACAAAUGAUGUUGUUGAAUCAAAAGGUGGAUGGCCUUAGUUUGGGAGUGGCACCUAUGGGAGAGCCUUUACAUACCGUGGAAGAUGUCAAUUAUGUGCAUCAAGGAGGGAAUCAAAGGAACUUCUACAACUAUCGCCCUAACAAUGGGGGUGGUAAUUACCAAGGCUAUCGCUCACCCUUCAAUGCACAUCCAAACCUUUCUUAUGGCAAUCCAAACAAUGCUAUCCAACCACCUCCACCACCUCAUUUCCCUACACCUAGUGGGUCGACAAGUGGGGCCGCUAAUGUGCCCACCAAUUCUAAACCUUCAAGUGAUGAUGUCACCCAUGAGCUUCUAAAAGCUCUAAUGGAGAAGACCGAUGGAAUCAUGACACAAUCUACUAAGAGAAUUGAUAAGGUUGAGACGGCGGUAGUGGAGGUCACCACGAGAAUGGGGGCUUUGGAGCAUCAAAUGAGUCAAAUUGCCCAAGCCGUGGGCCAACUUCAUCAACCGGGGCAAUUCCCAAGCAACACCAUUCCUAACCCAAAGGAUUGCAAGGCUAUCAAUUUGAGGAGUGGAACAAGCUAUAAGAGCCCCCCUAUGCCCGAAAAGGAAGCUAUUGUGCAACCCGAAGAAGAAGAGACAAUAGAAGUGGAGGCAUCAACGAAGAGCCCACCAAAAGAUCAAGCCGAGACAAUAGUUCCUCCUAAGCCCACGGAAGUUAAACUUCCUUUCCCUCAAAUGAUGCAAAAGAAAAAGAAGGAUGAACAAUUUUCAAGAUUUUUGGAUAUCUUUAGGAAAGUUCAAAUUAACAUCCCUCUUGUUGAAGCACUUCAACAAAUGCCAAGUUAUGCAAAGUUCCUCAAGGAUGUGGUAUCACAAAAAAGGAAAUGGGGGCACUAUGAGACGGUCAACUUGACGGAGAGUUGCAGUGCAAUUAUUCAAAGGAAGUUGCCGGCCAAAAUGCAAGAUCCGGGAAGCUUCACUAUUGAGUGCACUAUUGGAAAUUGCUUUGUGGGGAAUGCCUUGUGCGAUCUAGGGGCUAGCAUUAAUCUUAUGCCAUUGUCCUUCUUCAACAAGUUGAAUAUUGGUAAAUUGAGAUCGACUAGCAUUACUUUGCAAAUGGCGGAUAGAUCGGUGGCAUAUCCCUCGGGCAUAGCAGAAGAUAUAUUGGUGAGGGUGAAUGAGUUCAUAUUCCCCGUUGACUUCGUGGUGUUGGACAUGGAAGAGGAUAGAAUUGUACCUCUUAUUUUGGGAAGACCGUUCCUUGCCACCGGGAAGGCCAUGAUCGAUGUUUCAAAAGGGGAACUUACACUUCGCCUCAAUGAUGAGAGCGUGACAUUUUCGAUAUAUGAGGCCUUAAAGAGGCAUGAUGCGGAACCGGGAGGAAGCCUACAACAUUGCAAUGUUGUGACCGUGAUGGAUGAGUGUGUUGGAGGAGUGGCACCGACCUCUUACUUGGAUGAUCAAUUAGAGAGAUGCAUUUCUCAUUCCAUGUAUUCUUCUCAUUCUUUUGAUGUUUUGGAUGCUAACCCCGAGUUGUUGGAAUUUGUAGGUGCUUUGGACUCGGCUAAAGAAAUCCCUAGAUCACUUCGUCCACAAUUUCUACCUCUUAGGAGUGGAAGUGAAGAUAGCAAUAAAGAUGGGGAAAACAAGAAGCUUGAGUUGAAGCCACUUCCACUACACUUGCGAUAUGCCUUUCUUGGAGGGAAUGACACUUUUCCGGUAAUUGUAUCAUCUUCUCUCUCUAGUUUCGAGUUGGAUAAAUUGUUGAGAGUUCUUAGGAAGCAUAAGAGAGCCAUUGGGUGGUCCAUAUCGGAUAUUAAGGGAAUAAGCCCAACCGUUUGCAUGCAUAGAAUUCAUUUAGACGAGGGGUAUAAGCCUAAGGUACAAAACCAAAGGCGACUAAACCCUAUUAUGCAAGAUGUGGUUAGAAAAGAAGUGUUGAAAUGGUUAGAUGCCGGUAUGAUAUAUGCUAUAUCCGACAGUGAGUGGGUGAGUCCUACUCAAGUGGUGUCUAAAAAGGGGGGCACCACUGUGGUGAAAGGGAAAAAUGAUGAGUUGAUAGCUACUAGAGUGGUGUCCGGGUGGAGAGUUUGCAUUGAUUAUCGCGCUUUAAAUUUGGCCACUAGGAAAGAUCACUUCCCCCUUCCAUUUAUUGAUCAAAUGUUGGAUAGGUUAGCCGGACAUGAGUAUUAUUGUUUUCUCGAUGGUUAUUCGGGAUAUAACCAAAUUUUGAUAGCUCCCGAGGAUCAACAUAAGACGGCUUUUGUGUGUCCUUAUGGUGUCUAUGCAUUUAGGAGAAUGUCUUUUGGGCUUUGUAAUGCCCCGGCUACUUUUCAGAGAUGUAUGAUGUCCAUUUUUCAUGAUAUGGUUGAGAAUAUUAUGGAGGUUUUCAUGGAUGACUUCUCUGUUUUUGGUAUGACAUUUGAUAGUUGCUUGGAUAAUCUAACCAAAGUUUUGCAGAGAUGUGAGGAGACCAAUCUAGUACUCAAUUGGGAGAAAUGUCAUUUUAUGGUCCGUGAUGGGAUCGUGUUGGGACACAAAAUUUCAGCCGGAGGACUUGAAGUGGAUAGAGCCAAGAUAGUUGCCAUUGAGCAAUUGCCACAUCCUUGUAGUGAGAAGGCCGUGAGGAGCUUCCUAGGCCAUGCGGGGUUCUAUAGGCGUUUCAUCAAAGAUUUUUCACAUAUUGCUAGACCCCUUUGCCAUUUACUAGCUAAAGAUGUAAAAUUUGAUUUCACUCUUGAAUGUGCGCAGGCAUUUGAGAAGCUCAAGGCGGCGUUGGUGAGUGCCCCAAUCUUGAUCUCCCCCGAUUGGUCUCAACCUUUCGAGAUCAUGUGUGAUGCAAGUGAUGUGGCGGUAGGCUCGGCUUUGGGACAAAAGAGAGACAAGAUAUUCCGGGUGAUAUAUUAUGCUAGUAGGACAUUGGAUUCGGCUCAAGCUAACUACACCACUACCGAGAAGGAAAUGCUUGCGGUGGUCUACUCUUUUGACAAGUUCCGCCCUUACCUUAUUGGGGCCAAAACUAUUGUCUUUACUGACCAUGCCGCCAUCCGCCAUCUAUUUGUUAAGCAAGAUGCAAAACCAAGGCUUAUAAGGUGGAUCUUGCUCCUUCAAGAAUUUGAUUUGGAGAUCCGAGAUAGAAAAGGGUGUGAGAAUGUGGUGGCGGAUCAUCUUUCAAGAUUGGAGCAUGCUAGUGAAGAGGAAAAAUUGAAGUUGGUCAUCAAUGAAGAAUUCCCGGAUGAGCAUUUGUUUUAUGUGGCCAAGGGUCAAGUGGCAUGGUAUGCCAAUAUUGUGAACUAUCUUGUUGCUAAGGUGAUUCCCGAAGGACUUGAGGACUAUCAAAAGAAGAAGUUCUUCCACGACGUGAAGUUCUAUUUUUGGGACGAGCCUUGUCUUUUUAGAAGAUGUGCCGACAUGGUGAUUAGAAGAUGUGUCCCUCAAGAGGAGUGGGAGUCCGUUAUUAUGCAUUGCCACACCGCACCUAGUGGGGGGCAUUUUGGAGCUAACCGGACUGCUAUGAAAGUGCUCCAAAGUGGUCUAUUUUGGCCAACCAUCACCAAAGACUGCCAGGACUACGUGAGAAGAUGCAACGAGUGCCAGAGAAUGGGGGGUGUUUCUAAGAAGAAGGAGAUGCCAUUGACGACAAUUGUUGAAGUCGAGUUGUUUGAUGUGUGGGGCAUUGACUUCAUGGGGCCCUUUCCUCCAUCUAGUGGGUUCCAAUACAUUCUACUAGCCGUUGACUAUGUAUCAAGGUGGGUGGAAGCCAUUCCUACCCAAACUAAUGAUUCAAAGGUGGUGAUUAAAUUCGUUCAAAAGAACAUAUUCACGCGAUUCGGCGCACCUCGGGCUAUCAUAAGUGAUGGAGGGUCUCAUUUUCGCAAUAGGUGGCUAGAGGCGGUCUUAGCAAGGCAUGGAGUGAAGCAUCGGGUGACAACUCCUUAUCAUCCACAAGCUAAUGGUCAAACCGAGUUGGCCAAUAGAGAGAUCAAACAAAUAUUGCAAAAGAGUGUCAAUGCUAACCGUAGAGAUUGGGCUCUCAAGCUUGACGAUGCUCUAUGGGCGUAUAGGACGGCUUACAAGACGCCAAUCGGGAUGUCACCUUAUCAAUUGGUCUUUGGGAAAUCAUGCCAUCUCCCGGUUGAAUUGAAGCACUCAUCAUAUUGGGCGGUGAGGCAAAUGAACAUGGACUUCACCAAGGCCGGCAAGGAAAGGAAGCUUCACCUCAAUUUACUUGAUGAAUUUAGGAAUGAAGCUUAUGCUAAUUCCUCAAUCUACAAGGAGAGAAUGAAAACGUAUCACGACAAGAUGAUUGAGAGGCGUGAAUUCCACAAGGGGGAUGCCGUGUUGCUUUUCAACCACAAGUUGAGACUCUUUCCGGGCAAGCUAAAAUCUAAGUGGUCGGGACCCUUCACUAUCAAGGAGGUCAUGAGCAAUGGCACAAUGGAGCUCAAAGGACCCGAUGGAAGCACGUUCAAGGCAAAUGGUCAAAAUCUCAAGAGGUUCUUUACCAAGGAGCAACAAGACGAGGUCUUUGUGGUUGCCUUGAUUGAGUAGUGGAGCUUGCAAAGCGUCGGGCAAAUGACGUUAAACAAUUGCGCUAUGGGGGAGGCAACCCCUAGUAGGUAAAAUUUAUAGCUUUUGUGUUUUUGGUGUGUUUUUAUUUUGUUCUUGUUUUUGGUGUGUUUUGUGUGUUUUAAGUGGAACAGGAGAUAGGCUUUGAUGGGUGAAAAGCGGACAAAAAAACUGGAGAAAUGGCGAAAUGGCGAAAUGGCGAAAUGGACUUGGAAUCCAGAAAGUUCGCCCGACCGGGCGUUUUGCAAAGUGCAAAUCGCCCGACCGGGCGUUUGAUGAAAUCGGGAUUGUCCAGAAAGUUCGCCCGACCGGGCGAUUUUCAAAGUGCAAAUCGCCCGACCGGGCGAUUUCUUCGCGCGAUUUAAAGACGCAAACCAGGUCAGUUUUUACACUUUCAAAACCCUACCCCCAUUUCUCUCUCGUUCCUCUCUACUCUCUCUCGCCCCUCCACCUUCAAAUCUUCCACUUACACUGAUUUCACACACAUACCAUCCUCCCAAUCCAUCUAAUUCAAGGGUUGAACCGAUUAAUCGGUUGAUUUACUCAAGAACAAGCAAAAAGGAGAGAAAUCCGUUUUCUAUCACUCUAAGCCCGAAAGGUAGUGAACGAUGGCGCCCAACCACUCUGGAGUUAAUUUGAAUGCCGAAGAGAAGAAGAAAUGGGCCGAACUCUCACAACUACCCUACCGGGUAGCUAGAUAUCCAUGCCCUAUCACAAUCCGACGGUUGGGCAUUGAGCAGUGCUUCAAUGAGCUAUGUGAAGAGGGGCAACUAAAUGGGCUCUUCAUGGCACAGAGGAACCCCUCCUAUCAGAGGCUUACACUGGAGUUCUUGUCUACCCUUGAGGUAAUCAUGAACAGGAGGGAGAUAGUUGCCAUCAAGUUUCGUAUGAGGAAUGCUGAGUACACAGUGACGAUGGCACAAUUCAAGGAGAUCUUUGGAUUUUCAGGGGAGGUGUAUAGAGAGCCGUUUAACUUCAGUCACAAUGCGAAUGACUUCUGGAAGGCCAUCACUACCGUUGAUGACAACUUCGCCGCCAACAGGGCAAAGGGUUCUCUCAUUAGGAACCCAGCCUUGCGCUUACUCCAGAAGGCGUGUGUAUGUUACCCCUUCGCUCGUCAUGAGCAUGGGAGUGUGCAGAGAGACGAGCUCUUCCUGUUAUGGACUAUUUUGCACAAGGAGGCUCCCUUGAAUUUGGGCCACUUCAUGAUCAAACAUCUUGAGAGGGCUUCGAAGAAGAAAACCGGCACACUCUGUGUCGGUGCGGUUGUGUCAGCUAUUGCACUCCAUCUGGGAGUGUCGACGAGGGGCUUGGUCGCCGACAUUGGUGACAACUUGAUGGACUUCGGCUUUCUGAGAAGAACAAGGCUGGUCGGAGUGGACCAACGAGGGCAGAUAUAUUUGAUACAGAGGGCAGCAGAUCAUUACCCCCUCCCGGACACCGUCAACACCUAUGUGAACGGUCCUUUCCACAAGGAAAACUGGAAGAUGAAGGCUGCGGUCCACGAACAAGUCACGGCGGUGAAUCCGCGGAACUUGCAAUUUAGGGAUGUGAGCCCGAGCUCGAGUGUUGAUGAAGCGCCCCACAUGGGCUUUCCCGAGAUCGAGAUGGGGAACGAGCAGAAUGAAGAAGAAAAUGAGGAGGAAGGUGAGGAUCAACCGACCUACCAAGGGGGAGAUGAAGCCGGGACAAGCACGCAGAGGACACGAAGCCGACAAGAGCGACAAGAGGAGGACUACGGCUCGAUCAAUGAGAGGUUGACACGGAUGGAGUUGCGUCAGCAGGAAUAUUGGGUCCAGAAUGAAGCGCGAUGGGACCAGUUCGAAACCAACUGGACCCAAUUCACUGAUUUCAACAAUGCACAAUGGGCCAACAUCAGUGCCCGAUUCGAUGAAUUCCGUGGCCAGUGGCAGCAUCCGCCUCCUCCUCCGCAGUGAAGGUCCAUGGGAGAUCCACUCUCUUUCAAACUUAUCCUAGCUUUGCUUGGAAUAAGUUUGGGGGGUGUCUAGUGGAUUCCCUCUUUUACCUCUCUCCCUCUUUAUUUGAUGAUGAUACCCCGGCCUGUACCCCUAUUCUUUUGAUGAUAUUUGAUGAUGAUAUGUGGGCAUGUAAACUUAUGUGGUUUUGUUUCCUUGUUCCA